CUUUCUCUUUCAUUGGUCAUCCCCCCACUCUCUCUCUCUCUACUGCUCUCAGGUCGAGCUUGGUCGGGUGGGCUAUAAAUCCAACUCUCUCUCUUCAAAAGCUUUCGUCAGGGGGACAGCGAUACUGCACGGAAAGGGUCUGGGUUUCACCUGAAUUUCAGCUUAGCCGAGCUAAGCCCAUACCCAUCAUAGCUCCAAGAUUUGCUGAUCUUUUUCCUGUUUUAAUGGAAGUUUUGGAGAUAGAUUGAGUUAACCCACCGCUCCAUCAUUGGCUUGAUUUGUGGUUCUGGGUUUUUUGUGUUUGCCGGUUUUGAGAUGAGAUGGAGCUUUUCAGCUGAAAGCAUUCAAGAAUUGGGGUUGAGUUAAGGUGGUGCUGGCAUGAGGUUAAGGAUGUUGAAUCUGGUUGGGUGUUCAGGGUUUGACUAGCAAGUGCUGUUCAGGGUUGGUAAUGAGGAUCUUAUUGAUGGCAUAAUUGAGUGGAUAAUCAUAAUUAAGGUUUUAAUUAAUUAUUACUCAUCGUACGCAUACCGUACACACUUGCAUAAUAGGACAGUGGGGGGAAAUGACCAUGAAGAUUUCAACAUCAGGAAUGGGUCAGCAGGCUCUUGAAGGAGAGAAGAAGUGUUUGAACUCAGAGCUGUGGCAUGCCUGUGCUGGUCCUCUGGUGUGCCUUCCAACAGUUGGGAGUCGUGUGGUUUACUUUCCUCAGGGUCAUAGUGAACAGGUAGCUGCUACAACUAAUAAAGAAGUUGAUGGUCAAAUACCAAAUUAUCCAAACUUGUCGCCACAGUUGAUCUGCCAGCUCCACAAUGUCACUAUGCAUGCAGAUCUUGAAACUGAUGAAGUCUAUGCUCAAUUGACAUUGCAACCCCUCACUCAGGAAGAACAAAAAGACACUUAUCUUCCUGUGGAGUUGGGAAUUUCUAGCAAGCAGCCAACUAACUAUUUUUGCAAGACACUCACAGCAAGUGAUACUAGUACUCAUGGUGGCUUCUCUGUUCCUCGUCGGGCUGCAGAGAAAGUUUUCCCUCCUCUGGAUUUCACGCAGACACCACCUUGCCAAGAACUCAUUGCAAGGGAUCUACAUGAUGUCGAAUGGAAAUUCAGGCAUAUUUUCCGAGGGCAGCCUAAGAGGCAUCUUCUUACUACGGGCUGGAGUGUGUUUGUCAGUGCCAAAAGACUUGUUGCGGGAGAUUCCGUUCUUUUCAUCUGGAAUGAGAAAAAUCAGCUGCUGCUGGGGAUUCGUCGCGCGACUAGACCACAAACUGUAAUGCCGUCAUCGGUUCUGUCAAGUGACAGUAUGCACAUUGGGCUCCUAGCUGCUGCUGCUCAUGCUGCAGCUACUAACAGCUGUUUCACUGUUUUUUUUAACCCACGGGCUAGCCCAUCUGAGUUUGUUAUACCUCUUUCAAAAUACGUGAAAGCUGUAUAUCACACCCGUGUCUCUGUUGGGAUGCGUUUUAGGAUGCUGUUUGAAACAGAAGAAUCAAGCGUUCGCAGAUACAUGGGAACAAUUACUGGCAUUGGUGACUUGGAUGGUAUUCGUUGGCCAAACUCUCACUGGCGGUCUGUUAAGGUGGGUUGGGAUGAGUCAACUGCAGGUGAAAGACAGCCAAGGGUAUCGUUAUGGGAAAUUGAGCCAUUGACUACUUUCCCCAUGUACACGUCAUUAUUUCCCCUUCGGCUAAAAAGGCCUUGGUAUCCAGGACUCUCAACAUUCCAAGACAGCAGUAACAGUGAAGUCGUGAAUGGAAUGGCAUGGUUAAGAGGGGAAAUGGGGGAGCAAGGAGGACCACCACCACAAUCGCUGAAUCUCCAGUCUUUUGGUAUGGUUCCAUGGAUGCAACAGAGAGUUGAUCCAGCAUUGCUUCGGAACGACCUUAACCAGCAGUACCAAGCUAUGCUUGCUGCCGGCCUGCAAAACAUGGGAAGUUCAGCAGAUCCUUUCAAACAGAACCUCAUGCAGUUUCAACCACCUGUCCAAUAUAUGCAAGCUUCAGGCAGCAAUAAUAACCCAUUGUUACAUCAGCAACAUUUAAUCCAACAAACCCAAAUGCUAUCUGAGAGUUUGCAAAGGCAACCCCAACAGCAAACUAGCAGUCAGACCGAGGAACCGGCCAGACAACAUGCUUACCAGAACUCUUUCCCUAUGCCCAAUACUCACCAAGUAGCCAAUUUUUCAGAUUCAAAUGCAAAAUUUGUUUCACCGGUUUCUCCUUCUGCAAACAUGCAAUCUAUGCUGGGCUCCCUCUGUCAUGAAGGGAAUACUAAUAAUCUGUUGGAUUUCAAAAGAAUUGGUCAGUCUAUGGUAAAUGAGAAGAGUGAACAACCCCAACAGUCAUGGUUGCCGAAAUAUGCCAACAGUUCAGCUUCUAGUCAGCAGCAGCAGGUGACUUGUGGUGUGGAUGCCCAAAACCAACAAUCAUUUUUUGGUGCAAAUCUAGACAACUCCGGACUUCUCCUUCCCACCACUUUGUCAAGUGUUACGACUUCAGGUGUUCAUGCAGAUAUGUCAUCUAUGCCAUCAGAGUAUCAGAAUUCUCCUUAUGGUUACAUGCAAGACUCGUCUGAGCUGGUGUCCAGUGUCGGACAAGUUGACCAAACAACCCCUGCUCCUACAUUUGUCAAGGUUUACAAAUCAGGAUAUGUUGGGAGGUCACUGGAUAUCACCAGAAUCAGCAGCUAUCAUGAGCUACGACAGGAACUGGCUCAGAUGUUCGGAAUUGAAGGGUUACUUGAAGACCCUCAAAGAUCAGGCUGGCAGCUUGUAUUCGUUGACAGGGAGAAUGAUGUACUUCUCCUUGGAGACGACCCGUGGGAGGCAUUUGUGAAUAAUGUGUGGUAUAUCAAAAUCCUUUCACCCGAGGAUGUGCAGAAGCUGGGGAAGCAAGAAGCCGAUUCCCUUAGCGGAAACACAAUGGAGAGGAUGCAUGGCAGUGGUAGUGCUGAUGGAAGAGACCACCUGUCUGGAUUUCCUUCUCUAGGAUCCCUCGAGUACUGAUUUUGUAUUUCCCCCAUCUUUCCACUUGUGGACUCGACAUGUUCAAAACCACUUUUAUUUGCCCCAUCUACCCAGACUUCAUUAAUUACCUUUGUCCAGUCUGUCUCAUCCUCAUUUGUAUGGUGUAGUGAUUUUGUAGGAGCUGAAUGUUCUUUUUAUGGGUCUUGGACUACUUUUAGAGUUUUAGUAUCCAUCUAGACCAGGUAUUGGCACCAUUGCACCUUCAAGCUAUGUAAUGUCUUUUUGAGAAUACUAGGUAAUUAGUUUCUUUCUUUGUCUACCAGUAAGGUACCAAGAGAGGAAUGGCCGGUUUGGCCACCCUACUCACCUGCACUGAGUUAUGCUGAAUUUAUUGUAUAUAUAAGUUUGUUUUUUAUGCAUAAGCUUAGAAAAUGUUUUAAAUUCUGUCUACCCAAAGCAUG